GAUCUGGGGGGGCCCCGGGGGCAGAUUUGAUUGUUUUCUUGGUAGUAUAUAAGGGGUUUUAAGGAGAGUCGUGUGCCAGACACACAGCCAUUGAACCACAAGCAGCUUCACUUUAACUGUAGUGUCGAGGAGUCGCGUGCCAGGAGUUGCACCACCGGGGACUGACUGACAGACAGACACGCAACACCACCAAAACACACAAGACCAAGGGGGCAGCCGCCGCUGAGGGCCCCUCCAUCGACUCUUGGCAAAGGGGCUCUUGGGGAGGAGCUCCCUCGGACAAGCACAUCAGCAGCACGAGGUCGCUCUCCAGGUGGUGAGCGCAGUCCCGCUGCUCCAGGACGCCGAAGAAGCAUAGGGCAUAGGCUGAAGCCCAAACACGAGCGAGUGAUUUUAAGGCGCAAUUAAAGAGAGCCAAGUGCCCUCCCUUCGCUCGUGGGCAGAAAUGUUCAUCAAAUCCGAAACCUUGGAGCUAAAAGAAGAGGAGGACGUAUUGGUGCUCUUGGGCUCGUCCUCCCCUUCGUCGUCCUCCCUGACCCCGCUGACUUCCAGCUCGGAAGAAGAGGAGGAGGAUGACCCGGACGCGCCUUCCAGAGGGCGGCGGCCGCGCUUGGUUGAAGCCGGGCAAGCGUCCGGAGGAGGAGUUCGUGGAGACGGAGGGGGCGGCGGCGGAGGGGGCGGGGAGGAGUGCAAGCCCGCGACUCGCCUUCUGAGCCUGGCUCACGAGUGCAAGCGGCGGCCGAGCCGAGCCCGGGGGAGUUCCCGGGGCGCCAAGACCGCGGAGACCGUGCAAAGGAUCAAAAAGACCCGGAGACUCAAGGCCAAUAACCGUGAGCGGAAUCGGAUGCACAACCUGAACGCGGCGCUGGACGCGCUGCGCGAGGUGCUGCCCACGUUCCCUGAGGACGCCAAGCUCACCAAGAUCGAGACGCUGCGCUUCGCCCACAACUACAUAUGGGCCCUCACCGAGACCCUGAGGCUGGCAGACCACUGCGGGGCCGGGGGCGUGAGCGGGGGCGCAGGCGGCCUGCCUGGGGCGCUCUUCUCCGACACGGCGGUGCUGCUGAGCCCCGGAGGAGCUAGCGCGGCCCUGAGCAGCUGCGGCGCCGACAGCCCCGCGUCCGCCUCCACGUGGAGCUGCGGCGACAGUCCGGCGUCCGCGUCUUGCACGCCCUCCAGUUCCACUUCCCCCUACAGCUGCACUUUAUCGCCCGCCAGCCCGGCCGGCUCGGGGGGCGGCUCCGACUUGGACUACUGGCAGCCUCCGCCCCCAGACAAACACCGUUACGCACCUCUGCACCCCAUAGCCAGGGACUGCAUGUAACACCGUGGCUGUCCACACUGCCCCUCCUUCAGUCAUCCCCUCCACCCCCUAAACCCGCUUGUCAGCUCACUUGACAGUCUAGUUGUGUGUUACGUGGUUGCAAAGUCCUUUGGUUGUGUUUGCUCUGCGUUUCCUUCUUCCAAGAGGAUUUCGGUGUAACUUGGGAGUGGUGGGGGGGGCAGGGGUGGUGGUGAUGGAGGAAGGGGCUCUGCCUCAGAAAGGUGUGUUCGAAUUCUGCAUUGUUCUUGUUUCAGUAGCUCAAGACCACUGGGCUCUGCGGGGGCGCGGGCAGGGGCGGAGGGAACCAGCGGGUCCACCCAACCAACGGAAUCGCCCCUCCCCUCCUGCUUUCUCUUUUGGUCUCAUCCAUGUGAACCUCGGAGGGGGAAAGCAACUGGUUCGUGUGAUCUUGUCACCUUUGCAUCUCCAUAAAGAUGUUAAUGUCGGCUAGAAAGAAAUGUGUCUUAGCAUCUGAAUGAUAUGACCGGUAACAAAAUUAUCCACAGAUUCGCGAAGGCUAGCAUCUGCUUUCUUCCCAGUGCUGCCCGCAGCCUGUGGGAAUUUCACCUGUCAAACCAAACUUUCCCUCUCUGAUGUGCACUUUGCUCAGUUUCCCAGAUUUGUCACAAUGCCCUUUGUCCAGCCCUUCUCUUCCCUUUUUCUUCUCCAUUUUGCCAUCUGUCUCUUAUGAUUUAUAAGGGAAAAAAGUUGUUUUGUUAGAGGGCCAGGUUAGAAGUCAUUGUAUAAUUUGUAGGCUUUGUAAUGAUUGAAAGCAAGCGUGGAAAUUUAGGCUGAACUCUCUAUCAAAAGGAAAAAAUGCGGAGGAAAAGGGAAAAAUCGGGAGGGAGGGUUGCUUCAUGCAUUAUUUAUCUCGACCUUUUGGGGGAGGAGGAACUCCUCCAUUCUUUCAAGAGAUUAAAAAUAAAUCAACAGACUGAAAACCUAAGCAGACACGGAGCAUUACCGCGACCAGCCACACACGUGGUCCCUUCUAUUUAUUAUAAAGAAAGAUUUCAUGGGAAAAGUAUGUAUUUUUUUGUAUAUUUUACAGAGUUUAUUCUAGUAUGUAUUUACAACCCGAAAAAAUAAGGGGG